AACAUGACGCCGGGUAAUCCGAGAUUAUAAAAAUGCGAUUUGCGAGGCAAGAAGGUCUGCAACUGUCCUGGAAGAAAAGGACAUCCUCCUUGCCUCCAACUCCAGUUCUGCCGCCCAGCCCAGGAAAAAGCAGGCGGCCGGCAACCUCUCCGCACCCUCGUCGCGCGCCUCCUCUCCUCUCAGGAAAGAUGCCCGUGUCAAGCGUCGCAAAACCUUUGUCCUCUAAACCAAAUCCGUUCGAUUCCGACUCAGACUCUGAAUUUACCUCGAGGCGUGCAAGAGCAUCAUCUUCCAACUCAGUUGAUCCUGGCGCCAAUGGCCGAUACAAGAAUGGCUUCCGCGAUUCAGGCGGGUUCGACAACCAAUCCGUGCAAGAGCUGGAGGGCUACGUUGCACACAAGGCCGAGGAGGUCACUCAGAAAGUGAACGUCUGCCUUCGGCUCGCUGAAAACAUCAAGGAGGAUGCUACCAACACUAUGAUCGCCCUGCACAAGCAGGGUCAACAAAUGAAUAGGACCCAUGAAACCGCUGCGAACAUUGAUCAGGACCUUAGCAGGAGUGAGACACUUCUGGGAAGCCUUGGAGGGUUUUUCUCAAAAACCUGGAAGCCCAAGAAAACCAGGCAAAUAAAGGGACCAGCAGUUAUCUCGAGAGAUGAUCCCUUCAAAAGAAGGGCUAACCACCUAGAGCAGAGAGAAAAAUUAGGAUUGUCUUCAAGCCCCGUAGGGAAGUCGGAUCCUCAGAAGUAUUCUGAUCCUACCAACGCCAUGGAGAAGGUUCAGGUGGAGAAAGAUAAGCAAGACAAUGCCCUUUCUGAUCUUAGCGAUGUCCUGGGACAGCUCAAGGGCAUGGCUCUCGACAUGGGCUCAGAAAUCGAUAGAUACGUGCUUCAUCGACUUCAGUUCACCAUAUCUUAUUUCAUUGGCCAACAGGGCAAAACAAAGCCAUGGACGGUCUACAAGAUGAUGUGGAGGAACUCAACUCCAGGGUGAAAGGAGCCAACCAGCGUGCACGCCGUUUGCUUGGGAAAUAAUAUUGCCUCGAAAAUGUAUGAGUGCAGUCUUGGUAUGUGAGGUUGCAGAAUCAAAACAUGGCUGCUGCUGCUGCCGCUGCCUUGCUAAGCAUACCCUUGUAACUUCUCUUGGGAAGGAAAAGUAUCCUUGCAAGUUGCAACAUUGCCCCCAAAAUACGUAUGUGGUGCACACAUAUAAUCAUCUAUUUUCCAUAGUUUGUGAUCAACCAAAUUGCUCAGAGAUUUUGAAAGCAACAUCAACUAUCUG